AUGCUAUUUCUGUACUCGAAGCUUCGGCGACCCCAGCUAUUCGUCGUGCUACUAACGUUCACUGCGGGCCUGCUGGCCGCCGUGUUCGUCUUGCGCAAGGUGCGCCGUCGCACUAAGGACGACGUGCUCCUUGCAGACCCCAGCAGCCUGUAUACAGUCGCGCUGAAGCGCCGUGAGCCGAUUGGUCGUAACGUCAAGCUCCUACGGUUCUCUCUGCCCAAAUAUACACAGAGACUGGGCGUGCGCGUUGGCGAGCACAUAAUGGUGCGUGCACUGGCCGGCAACCGACUCCUCAUGCGGCCCUACACGCCCGUGAGUCCGUGUGACCGGCGCGGAACCUUCGACAUCAUCGUCAAGGUGUACAAGGCCGGCGUGUCUCCACGGUUUCCCCAGGGAGGACUGAUGUCCCAGUUCCUGGACAGUCUACAGCCUGGAGACGAGGUCCAGAUACGGGGUCCUCGAGGGAAGUUCGUCUACGAAGGCCACGGCGCCUUCGUUACCGCCCACGGCGAUCGACUACCCCCUGUCAAACGACUAGGCCUAAUCGCGGCCGGCAGCGGUGUGACACCGAUGCUGCAGCUGCUGCGCAAUAUGUUCGCGGACAGCACAGACUGCACGCUCGUGCGCAUGAUCGACGUCAACCACAGCACGAGGGAAAUCAUCGCAUGCAGUGAGCUCAACGACUACGCCAGGUCACAUUCGUCAACCUUCAGGAUCUGCCACGUGUUGUCCGAGAUGCCUUCGCUGCAACUGAUGCCAGGCGUUAUUCAGGGACCACUGAACCGCUACAUCAUGGCCGCGCACCUUCCCGCGCCGAACUCCAAGUCUCUCAUUCUCUGCUGUGGUCCGCCAUCGCUCAUCGAUAAGGUGUGCCGGCCAGCACUUGCAGACAUCGGCUACAAGAGCGAACAAGUGCUCUAUUACUGA